AGACCGACAGAAAAUUUCAGUUUAACCGCGAUUGCCAAUCGCUUAAGACGUUUUUUAAAAUCAUCAACGGCGUCUCGUURCUUAUCAUACAUUCAUUCUGUCUUUGAAAGUUUAACUGUGUUGGAAGUCGGUCUUGAAUAUUUUUGCUUUUCUGCAUUGGCUUCAAGUUCACAUAUCAAAACAGUUCGAAGAAAAAAAUUGAAUCGAGUCAAUAGCCAAGUUUAAAGCAUUCAAUGCACAUGUUACAAAGUCGCAAUUGAAAUAAUUCUUAAUUGAUUUAAUAACGCGCGUACAUACUUACAUAUGUGCAYAGAUGUGUGUGUAACAAAUCAAACACAAUAUAUUUGCGUAUUAAAGUGCUUAGAAACAACUAACUGUUGCAAAACGUUGAAGCGUCAGUGACUUUUUAGAAUAGACAUUUAACAACAUUUCCGUGUGUACAAUUUACAAGUAUAACGUACAUAUAUAGCAUUUUUACCACUGCCAAGAUCGUGUCGACGAAAUGAGUUUGGGCGGGGAAAAAUCGUUCAAAAUGCGGAUGCGCGACAUGGAAAAUGCUUUCAAAUACCGCCGAAUACCAUACCCAAAACGAUCCGUUGAACUCAUUGCCAUCUUGGCAAUAUCAUGUACAUUUUUCCUUUUCAUGCAUACAAACAAAUUAAAUAGUCGCCUCAAAGAGAUGGAAAUCAAACUGCAACCAUCGGAAUUCUCAGCGCUCGGCUUAACUGGCAAUCAAAUUAGUCCUAGGGAGUCAUCAAGACGUGAUAAUAUCAACACACUUCAUGGCACCUACCAAUAUCUCAAGAGCACUGGCCAGAUGCAAUCAUUAAAUGCACUAGAGCUGAACAAUACAAGAAAAGCCGAAUUGGGUAUAGUUUUCUUUAAUCGAGUACCAAAAGUUGGCAGUCAAACAUUUAUGGAACUUUUGCGUCGCCUAUCGGAGCGAAAUAAUUUUCAAUUUCAUCGAGAUGCAGUGCAAAAGGUGGAAACGAUACGCCUGGCCGAUGAUCAGCAGCAAGAGCUUGCCGAAGUGAUAAGCGAUCUACCUGAACCAUCUGUUUUUAUCAAGCACGUAUGCUACACGAAUUUUACAAAAUUCAAUUUGCCCAUGCCGAUUUAUGUGAAUGUCGUAAGAGAUCCCAUUGAACGUGUGAUUAGUUGGUUUUACUAUGUACGCGCUCCCUGGUACUUUGUCGAACGUAAAGCUGCCUUUCCCGACUUACCGCUACCACACCCAGCAUGGUUGAAAAAAGAUUUCGAAACUUGUGUGUUAUCCGGCGAUCAGGAAUGUACCUAUACGCAGGGCGUGACCGUGGAAGGUAUAGGUGAUCACCGGCGACAGAGUCUAUUCUUCUGUGGUCAUGCAUACGAAUGCACCCCCUUCAAUACGGUGGGUGCAUUGGAGCGCGCCAAGUUCGCUGUUGAGAGUCAAUAUGCUGUUGUGGGCGUUCUGGAGGAUAUGAAUACGACCUUAUCUGUAUUUGAGAAAUAUAUACCACGGUUCUUUGAAGGUGUUCGAGAUAUUUACCAAAGUAGCGCGGAGUAUUUAACGAAGAUCAAUAAGAACAACUUCAAACCGCCAGUGAGUGAGAAAGUGAAAAAUAUAGUGCGACAUAAUUUCACAAACGAAAUCGAAUUCUAUCAGUUCUGCUUACAACGGUUGCAUAAACAGUACCUUGCCACACAUAUUCCACAGAAGAUUUUGGCACCUUAAAAACUCGUAUAUGAUAGAUGGAUUGUUGUUAUUGCAUUGUUGUACACGAAUUGCUGUGCAUGGCUAAAUGUCAGAUUUCCAGUGAGAUUUCGCAGAGACAUAAAGAGCAAAUCUUGAUCAGCUUAUAGCUGGAAUAAAUUAUAAUAAUUAUUAUUUUGUUUUAUUUAAUUAACCAGUAUUAUAGUGAUUUUAGUACGAAAUUACAGUUAUAUUAAUUUUUGUUGAAAUGAAAACAUAUAUUUUUUAUUAGGUACACAUACAUAUCAGCGAACUUUUGACAAAAGAACUUUUCUAGCUUUAGCAAGUUCCUCUUUAAUUAUAUUAAAUUUAAUCAUUACAUAAAUUUAUAGGAAUUAAAGAAGAUGGUUCCUUAAACAAUAUAUUAAUAAUUUGGCAAAGUUGGUGACCUACAAUUUAUGUAGGAAUAAGUUCUUUUACAACUURCGCGGUUAAAACUGCUAAGUCGAGAUAAGUUGUUUUGUCAAAACUUCGUUUGAGAAUCUAAUGUCACCACACACUCGUAAAAAGUACAACAUACAUACAUAUUAACAUAUGUAGUUUUAAAUUGCAAACACACAUACACACAUAUGUACAURUAUAUGGAAGUAAAAUGUAAAAAAAAAAAAAAAAAAUUGAUGCGAAAUUUCUAGUCAAUAACUUAUAAAAGUUUAUCUGUAUGUAUAUAUGUAUGCACAUGACUGCAUGUAUGCAUAUGUUGAAAAUACUCAGAUUUACUCGAGGGCUAAACCCAUGAAAAGUGCACAGCUUUCAUUACUUUUGUGGCUACACUUAAAUUACAUGCAUAUCUAGAUUUGUGCGGAUUCGAAAAUCAAUAUKUACAUAUGUUUGUGUAUUUGUGUAUGACAAUUAUCUUUGUCGGAGCAAGAAGAGUAAUCACUUUCAGAUUGUGUUAUAUAGAUUGAGGCUAAUGCAUAGGCAUAUAGUAUAUCUACAUUUGUGUUUAUGGAUGUGUGUGGGCGAGGGCGAAGUUCGACUAUAUAAAAUAAAACGUAUGUAUAUGUAUGAUCUUUUUCCAACCAUAACUUUCAUUAUUUGAAAAGGCAGAAAAAUAAACAGUGAAAAUAUUUAAAAMAACAUUUUACUUUCCUUUAGACAGAUAACAGUUGGUUAAAUAAAUAUGCAUACGCACAAAAUAUUUGAAAUUAUUAUUAUGUAUUUUAAAAUUACGACAAAUCAGUAAAACCAUUCAUAUACUCAACAAGACUUAGUCUUCAAAUAUUAAUUUACAUUAUUUACAUUUAUUUAUAUAAUUAUUUCCAGCUAAAAUAGCAAUCAAUAUCACUUAUUCUUUAAAUGUUGAGCGGUAUCGGCUGACAUGGCACAUUUGUAAAUUUUUGUAUUUGUAAUUCCUGCUUCUUURUGUUACUUAAUAAUCAAUUAAUUAAAUGCCGUUAUAUUAUUGUACUUAAAA